GCGAGGCCCUGCGAGGUUCCGUGCCCCUUGUCGGGCUGCUUGUUUGGCUGCUGCCGUCACCUCAUGGCGACGCGGGUUGAGGAGGCUUCGCGGGGAAGAGGCGGCGGCGCCGAGGAGGCAGUUGAGGCCGGACGGGGCGGACGGCGACGCAGCCCGCGGCAGAAGUUUGUGAUUGGCACAAUGGAAGAAGCUGGAAUGUGCGGGCUAGGGGUGAAAACGGAUAUGUUGCAUAACUCUCAGUCCAAUGAUAUUCUUCAGCAUCAAGGCUCACACUGUGGUGGCACAAGUAACAAGCAUUCCUUGGAAGAGGAUGCACAUAGUGACUUUAUCACGAAGGGCAGGAGUUUGGUGAGCCCAGAGUACUGCACACGAGAGUCAAGGGAGGAAAUUCCUGGGCGAGAGGCUCGAACAGAUCCCCCCGAUGGUCAGCAAGAUUCAGAGUGCGACAGGAACAAAGACAAAACCUUAGGAAAAGAAGUCUUAUUAUUGAUGCAAGCUCUAAACACCCUUUCAACUCCAGAAGAAAAGCUGGCAGCUCUCUGUAAGAAAUAUGCCGAUCUUCUGGAGGAGAGCAGGAACGUUCAGAAGCAAAUGAAGAUUCUGCAGAAGAAGCAAGCCCAGAUCGUGAAAGAGAAAGUUCAUUUGCAGAGUGAACACAGCAAGGCUAUCUUGGCAAGAAGCAAACUCGAGUCUCUUUGCAGGGAACUUCAGCGUCACAAUAAGACGUUAAAGGAAGAAAAUAUGCAGCAGGCACGAGAGGAGGAAGAAAGACGGAAAGAGGCCACUGCGCACUUCCAAAUCACUUUGAAUGAAAUCCAGGCACAGCUGGAGCAACACGACAUACACAACGCCAAGCUCCGCCAGGAGAACGUCGAGCUUGGCGAGAAGCUGAAGAAGCUUAUCGAGCAGUACGCACUGAGGGAGGAGCACAUUGAUAAAGUAUUCAAACAUAAGGAACUGCAGCAACAGCUUGUGGACGCCAAACUGCAGCAGACAACACAGCUGAUAAAAGAAGCUGAUGAGAAACAUCAAAGAGAGAGAGAGUUUUUAUUAAAAGAAGCAACGGAAUCAAGACACAAAUAUGAACAGAUGAAACAACAAGAAGUACAACUAAAACAGCAGCUUUCUCUUUAUAUGGAUAAGUUUGAAGAAUUCCAGACUACCAUGGCAAAAAGUAAUGAACUGUUUACAACCUUCCGGCAGGAAAUGGAAAAGAUGACAAAGAAAAUUAAAAAACUGGAAAAAGAAACGAUAAUAUGGCGGACCAAAUGGGAAAACAAUAACAAAGCACUUCUGCAAAUGGCUGAAGAGAAAACUGUGCGAGAUAAAGAGUACAAGGCCUUUCACAUAAAACUGGAACGACUGGAGAAGCUGUGCCGGGCCCUGCAGACGGAGAGGAACGAGCUCAGCGAGAAGGUGGAGGUGCUGAAGGAGCAGGUGUCGGGGAGGGCGGCAGGCGGGGGCCCAGCACUGCCCGGGGCCCGGCCCUGCGCUGCCCCGGCUUCUGCCGAGGAGCCCGGCGCCGCCUGGCGGAGCGCUGCCCGCGGCAGCCCGGAGGCCGAGUUCCCAGGUGCCGGGCCCAGCAUCGAGUCAGUUGACUGAGAUCAAAACUACUGGACUUAUGUGGUACAGGAGGCUGCUUGGCAGGUCUGCAUAGGAUACGUCGCGUACCUUGGAAAGAAAUUCAGGUAAGUUCUCAGCAUGUAUACCCUGACAGCCUCCUCAUAAGAAAGGGACAUACAUAGAUACAUGCAUAUGCACACACUCCCCCCUAACCCAGGUUCUAAAAGAAUAAAACAGCUUAUUUUAAAACUUUAUUUCUGCAAAGCCAAUCAAGAAGUGUUGGAGGGAAAAAGUGUAAAAGUUAUUCUUGCAUAUUUAGGAACAGCAAGCACUUAGUUUGAGAAAACAAGGACUUAAAAUAGUUGAAUCAAAGGCAGUACCCUGCUACUGUAUUUUAAAACAAUGGCCGAUGAUCUUUCUUAAGCAACAUUCCUUUCUUCCCUAAAAGCUACAAUAUGAUACAGUACGCAAUAGCUCACUUGAAAGUGCUAGGAUCAGAAGGUAAAGAACGCCAUAUGCCACCCCACUUAGACUUCCUACUAUACAAUGCCAUUUUGGCGCUUGAUAAA